AUGGCGCCAUUGACGACACAGGGGCCAGAAGCUCAGCUCCUCGCCCCACUGUGGCAGCCGCAACCAAAAGUAAGCUCGAAACGCCAGAACAAAGUCGAUCAUCACACCAGAGACGCGCCUCUAGGCCACGACUAUGAUAUAUCGUCCUUAGCCCUGGUUUUUGUUCCUUUCCCUUUUACUUCUGGCGGCAGCGCCGUAUACACAAUGGACCCUUCCGAGGCCCGCCGAUUCUCCACGAGCACCGCUGAGCGCGUCGGCCUGCUAAAGGCCCACGACAAUGCGGCAAAGCAGCAUCAGUAUGGAGCUAUUGCUGACACGACCGAUAUCGAAAGCCUACUAGGAAGAGAUGGCACGGUGGAAGAGCUGGGGACGACGGCGCGCCAGGAGGCAAAGUUGUUGUUCAAGUACAGUGUUCCGCUCAUGGGAACGUAUCUACUCCAGUACUCAUUUAGCUUGGUGACUAUCUUCGUCGUUGGACAUAUUGGGACGGAUGAGCUUGGUGCUGUCUCUCUCGCUACUAUGACCGCCAACAUCACCGGACUAGCCGUCUAUGAAGGCUUAGCCACAUCCCUGGAUACUCUCUGUGCGCAGGCCUACGGAUCCGGCAAGAAAACCAUGGUCGGUCUCCACCUUCAACGCAUGAUCUUGUUCAUGCUUGCUGUCACCCUUCCCAUUGGCGCCAUCUGGCUGUGUUCGGGCCGGAUACUCGCAGCUCUCGUUCCAGAAAAGGAAUUAGCUCACCUUGCUGGCUAUUAUCUCUCAUUGCUGCUGGCUGGUGCACCAGGAUAUGCAAUCUUUGAAGCUGGCAAGCGAUUUACACAGGCCCAGGGACUCUUCAAUGCUUCCCUCUUCGUGCUGCUCAUUGCGACGCCAGUCAACGUUGCCCUAAACUAUGUCUUUGUCUUCAUCUUGGACUGGAAUCUUACUGGCGCCGCACUUGCAACCGUUGUUUCUAACAACCUUUUGCCAUUACUCCUCUUCAUCUAUGUCUACUUGGUGAACCCCGCAUCGCUCGAGUGUUGGGGCGGCUUCACGAAAGCUGCGUUCACGAAUUGGGGACCGAUGGCCAAGUUGGCAGUACCGGGUAUUAUCAUGGUGGAAACAGAGUGGCUUGCAUUCGACAUUCUCACCUUUUCAACGAGCUAUCUUUCCACGGCCCACCUAGCCGCCCAAUCAAUCGUCAUGACUCUCGCUGUAGCCAUCUACCACGUACCCUUUAGCGUUGGCGUCGCAGUCUCAACCCGCUUGGGCAAUCUCAUUGGUGCAGGUUCCCUCUCUGCAGCCCGGACUGCCACCAAAACCUACGUUGCAACCUUUCUCGCAAUCGGGCUUAUCGACUUUACUUUCCUUACAGCAUUCCGCAAUAUCUUGCCUCGCGCCUUUAGUAGCGAUCCUGAAGUCGUGAGCAUUGUUGCUACUGUGCUGCCUCUGCUCGCUACCUUCCAGUUUGCAGACUCGACUACUGCAAUGGUCAAUGCGCUGCUACGUGGAUUGGGAAAGCAGAGUAUUGGUGGCGUUUGCAAUCUGUUCGUUUACUACGUCAUUGCUGUACCACUGGCCCUGUUCCUUUGCUUCCCACGCGAUUUGAAGCUGGUAGGGCUCUGGACUGGAUGCGCUGUGGGUAGUUCAUGCAUUACUAUCUCAGAGGGCAUCUAUAUGAAGUUCUAUGAUUGGAGGAAGGCGGUUGAGGAUGCAAAGGAGCGACAGGAGUAG